AUGUUCAACAAAUUACUUUUUUAUAACCUUACACAGUUUUUUAAGAUAAAUCGAACUCUAUCUACAAGGCAACUGUUGGUUCUAAGCAAAAGAAAAUAUUCUGAAGUCCUAAUACUAGGAUUAGAGACAUCUUGCGACGACACCGGUUGCGCAAUCGUAAAUAAUAAAGGCGAAUUAUUAGCUGAGUCCCUACAUUCACAGAAUUUAAUGCAUUUGCGAAAUGGAGGCAUAAUUCCAGAUAUUGCACGAGAUUUACAUUCUAUGUUUGUUGAACCAGUCGUAACCGAAACACUCAGAAAUGCAAAAGUAUCAAUGGAUUCUAUUGUAGCUUUAGCAGUGACUGUAAAACCGGGGCUUCCUCUUAGUCUUGUAGUGGGAAUGAAGUAUGCGAAAUAUUUAGCCCGGAAAUAUAAUAAGCCAAUAAUUCCUAUCCACCACAUGGAAGCUCAUGCGUUAGCUGUUAGAAUGCAACAUAACAUAACAUUUCCAUAUUUAACAUUGCUGAUAUCCGGUGGACACUGUUUGUUGGCUGUUGUUCAAGAUGUUACACAUUUUAAAUUACUUGGUGAAAGUAUAGAUAUGGGACCUGGUGAAAUGUUUGAUAAAGUAGCGAGAAGAAUGAAAUUAAGAAAUAUUCCUGAAUAUUCAAAAAUGUGUGGAGGACAAGCAGUUGAAAUAGCAGCAUCCAAAGCUACUAAUCCCCAAAUUUUUAAACUUCCGUUGCCUCUAAGUGAUUAUAAAGAUUGUAAUUUUAGUUUUAAUGGCCUGAAAACAUCGGUGCUAUUGAAUCUGCACAGAAAAGAAAGUGAACACAAUAUAACUGCAGACAAAUUAAUACCAGAGGUAAAUGAUUUAUGUGCAGCUAUGUUAAUGGCUACAUCUAGACAUUUAGUUCAUCGGACUCAGAGAGCUAUGGAGUUUUGCCACCAAAAUAAUUUAAUACCUGAUAAUAAUAAACAACUCGUAGUGUCAGGUGGAGUUGCAUGUAAUAAUUAUAUUUUUAACACCCUUACAUUGUUGUGCGAUGAAUUUAAUUAUAACAUCUAUAGGCCAUCACCAAAAUUAUGUACAGAUAAUGGUGUAAUGAUUGCAUGGAAUGGUUUAGAAAAAUGGAGGAAAAGUUUAGAUAUUGUAAGUGAUUUAAAUACGAUAGACAUUGAAGGUACUAGUCAAUUAGGUGAAAGUCUUAUAUCAAGAGUUGCAGAAGCAAGAAUACCUGUAAAAUUAAUGAAAAUAAAAAUCCGGUGCUGCGGCGGAUCACAAAUUAACUUCGUGGAUAUAUUACGAAUCUUGGCGAAACAAAUUACACCGAAAACUUUAACCGGAAAUGUGCCUGAACCUCCCAGCCAAGAAACUGAAGAUAAUGCGGAGUCCUCAUAUUUUUUUAAGUAUUCACCUGAAUCACAGCCACAAACAGUACCGCAGCCUGGACUCUCACCUUUGUCGCAGCCCACGCCCGCGCCUUUGAAGCCUGGACCUUCAUCUUUGUCGCAGCUAGGAGCUUUGAAUUCGAGCCAAGCAGUAUUCUCCACGUCACAACAACAUACUAGACCACAUACCAAACCUUUUACAUCCAAUCAACCUGGAAGACUUAUGAAAUAG